GAGUUUUGCUACUUGGCCGUGUGUUGUGGUGUUCUCAUGCGUUUAUAUAUCAGUUUUUACGCAAACCUUUCGUGUAGAAAGUAGAAAUCAGCUUUUAUUGUAGGGGACUGGGAGUAAUUAAACGUUAAAAGCUUGUAGGCAAAUGUGGCGCAUCGAACAUAAAAGUGAUGUCUCACUGGUGAAUGCAGGACUUGCCGCAUGGUUCUGGCGAGACGCCCAUGAGCCCAGCGACCAUGUCUGGCACAGAGGUUAUGUCUCAGCAGCCGCCAGCUAGCAGCCAGCUGUCCCGGCUGCAGAGGCGUAUGGGUCUCCUCAGGAGGCACCAUGAGACCAACCAGUCGCACUAUGACAAUGUUGAGACGUCACUCACCGACCAGUCACAGCAGGAAACCAACAAACUCAGGGAGAAGCUCACUAAUGUUAAAGGCAAGAAGAAACGCCCUGAACAGAGGAAAGAAAACAAUGGUUUCCUACAAAUGCAGGCAGCAAAACGGGCAGCAGAGCCAGAUGCCGAGGUCUCGAAAAGACCGAAGCUGGAGCCACCCAGCACCGCCUGUCCCUCGGGCGCGGGGCCGGCAGGCGCGGACGCCGAUAAGUCGCAGCUGCCCUGUAUGGCCAGCACCGCCUCCAGCGCCGUCUCCGCCCCGGCUCCCAAGGCGCCCUUCAAUGCCGAAACUGCAGCGCUGAUGGACGACUUAUUCGGCGAGACCAAUGACAUCGACUACGAGAACAUGCUGAAGAACGGCUACGACAUGUUCAAGGAGGACGAGAACGGCGAGAUUCCGGAUAUCGGCGACCUCAGCCGGUUCAUCGAGGGAACGGAGGAGGAGUCUGGGUUAGAGCUGGACUCGGCGGCGGCAGCGGCGGCUGCGGCGACCGCGACGGCGACGCCGGACCGACCGCUCACGGUCCCCGCCUCUGGUGGUGACAGCGGCGGGCCGGCCUCAACGUUCCUGCGCAGCAUGGCGGAGCGGCACAGCGGCUCGAGCGAGGCCGCCGGCUCUGCCGCCAUGGGCUCUGUAGCGCCGCCGCCCGGACACUACGGUAAUGUGGACACGUCGGGAGGUGCCGGCGCGGCGAUGGGUUCGGCGGGACCGGCGCGGUCAGCGGCGGGCCGACCGUUCGACCACCCGGAGGCGCCACAGCGGCAGAUGUCGCACGGAGGAGAGGGCCAGCCGCCGCCGCCGUUCGGGGCCACCGGUGCCGGAGGAGCGGAUAACGCCAGUCCGACGGGCGCCGCUGUUGUGGGGCCGACCGCCUCCGGUGCCGGUCAGCAGGGCCCCAUGCCUCCGAUGUCGCAGUCGGAACUCACCUUAAAGCAGCGAAUCAUGAUGAAACGACAGAUAAUGGGCGCUCAGUUCAUCCAGCAGCACCAGCACCAGCAGGGCCCGGGUAUGCUGGUGACUCCCAGCACGCCCAGCCCCCAGUACCCGGCCGCCUCAGCCUCGCCGCUGGCCGUCAAAGAGGAGCCCACAGCGAACCCCAUGGCCAUGUCAGCGUCCCGACAGCAGCAGCAACAGCAACAGCAACAGCAACAGCAGCAGCAGCAAAUGCAACAACAGCAGCUGCAGCACAUGCAGCAACAACAGCAAAUGCAGCAGCAGCAACAGAUGCAGCAGAUGCAGCAGCUACACCACCAGAGGAUGAUGCAGCAGCGCUACUCGGCGCAGCAGCAGCUCAUGGCGCGCGGCCCGCAGACCAUGCCCAUGCAGCGACCGCAGCAGGCGCCCAUGAUGCCUCAGCAGCAGCAGCAGCAGCCUGGCAUGAUGCUUCAACCACAGGAGCAGCAACAGCAGCAACAGCAUCACCUCCAUCACCAACAGCAGCAGCAGCAGCUGGCCAUGCAGCAAAUGCAGCAGCAGCAGCAGCAACAGCACCAAGCGGCUGUCGGCGGGCCGCACAUGCAGCGGGUGCCGGUCCCCAUGAGCGCGCAGCACAUGACCGGCAUGCCUGCCAACAUGUACCCGGGAGCCCCCGUACCGCCGAGGUUCAUGACCGGCUCGGCCUCGCCCAUGACGGCCGGGAUGCAGCCGGGUAUGAUGAUGCCCGGCGGGCCCGUCCGACCGAUGCGGCCCGGCCUCCGGCCUCAGAUGGGCGGCCAGCAGAUGAUGAUGAUGCACCAGCGGACGCCGGGCAUGGUGCCCGUCCAGCAGCAGCAGCAGCAGCAGCAGGCCAUGAUGGCCGCCAUGCAGCAGCAGCGGCACCCGCAGCAGCAGAUGGCGCCGGCUGGCUUCCCCGGGUAUGGCACGACCGUCUCGGAAGGAGACGGCUCGGCAGCGCACACAGACUCCUUCAAAUUCGGCCAGGAGGAGUUGCAAAACAUGAUGACGUUUAAUCGAAGCAACUCAAUGCCGUAUUGAUGUGUCGCCCCGCGAGUGAGACUACAACAUUGUGUGCGUUACUUUAUUGCAGUGUUUGUUGAACGUAUUUUUGUGUAUGUCGAUGAUGUUGCUACGGAUGCACAUGCAGCAACAUAUGCAAUGUGGCCAUUGCAUUAGUAUUAUGAAACUGGUGUCCCCUUUUCCCGUCCGCAUCAGUCGUCAUGGAAUGGCGGCUUAGUUUGGCCGUAAACAUUGCGGCCGGCUACCUCUAUCAUUUAUCCUUUUUAACAACGUCAUAGGAAGGACAAAGUACAAAAAUGUUGUAGCGUAUUGCUAGCAUUUGUGUUGAGAAACAUUUUACGAAAUUUUAAAGCCGAAUGUGACUUUGCGGCGACAGGUCAAAAUAUGAACAGAAAACGGAUUGGUCCGCUGUCUCAGCGGCCUCCCCCCGUGGAAGUUGCCCUCUUGGUAAAAUUUAACGCUUUCUUUUAUCAGUCUUUUUUAGCGGUGUGAGUUAGAAGAUUGAAUGACAAUGAAUCUAGGCGCCCUGGAAUCUUAGCUGAAAACAUUUCAAACAACCAAGCUACAAUUUGUGUAAAAUCACUGGAAAGCGAUCAUUUAGCCUCUUUCAUCUUAACUUCUUUGGGCUUUCACCCAAAUACCAUACAUAAAUGUUAUUUCACCACUGUAGUUGAGUCUAAGUCUAUUUGAUGUGUUCAAGAUAACAGUGCGUUCAAACUUUAAUUUGACUUUCCUGACUUUAAUGACGAAGAUCACUAGACAUCCCGUGUGCCUUAUUGCUUUCUUCACCUCAGAAUGUCCUUUAUCAUUAUCUGCCUGCUUUAUUCUUGUUCUGUGAAUGAUAGCAGUAAUUACGGUGCCUUUGAUUGUUUCGUGUGAAUAUCAUUUGAUUGUGUGUCCAAAUGUGCCGUUUUCCUAGACAGCAACGACAUUUUUUUUAUUUUCGUGCACGUUUACGCAUUUACGGUAAUAUGAACUGUAUCAAUUUUACAAGCCCGGAACCAAUGCUGGUGACUGCAAACUUUGGAAAUGUUUUUUAUUGCUGAGUGCGGCCUUUCGGCGCAGGACCAUCGUUUCGGAAUGGCAGUGAUGCUCACCGGAGCGACCUUUUAAAGACAUUCGCUCAGUGGUUGGUUUCCAGCCGAGAGCAGCGCUAUUGAUUGCUCUUUGACUGGCUGGUGAGAUUAACGGAAGCACGUUGGUUAAAUGACGAUAUAUUUCUUACAACGUGCUUCCUUUCUGAAAAAGGCAUGUGUCAUCGUGUCAUUGCUCGGGAGCGGGCUACAGCUCAUCGAUCGUGCCAAGUGCGUUAUAGGGUUUGUUUCGUGCCGAGCUCUCGGCCAAUAUGAUGGUCUGUGUUGUAUAAUGCAAACAGAGCCGCGCGGACCAUCAUGGAAAGGCACUGCCCCACUGUGUGACCUCACGCGUAUGUUGAAUGGUGUUUGACAUGUGUAUGUUGCCCAGUCGUGCGCACAUGAGCGCGUGAGCGAGAUGGAGAAAUGUGACGUUUAUAAUUGAAUCAGAUGACAGCCGGCUCGCGGAUUACUUCAGAAGUUAAACGCUGAUCUCAUUUGCGUGCUGCAGCCGAUGACAGCAGCGAACCGUUAAAUGAAACCUACUGAGGUAUACUAAGAGAUUCACGUUUUACAUUUCGUGCGUGUGUCUUGAACGUCUAUGCUAUGUCGUCUUCCAUCAUGCUCGCCUGUGUCUUUGGAUUCCUUUACUUGAGGAUAAUUUUAUGGGAGAUAACUAACGAUCGUGCUCGGCGUGACUUUUGCUGAGUUUCCUACGCAUCGUUAGUGAUUUGGCUGACAUUGUCUUCCGCCCGGCCUGCCUCAGUGAAUGGUGUGUACCAGUGCCUCCCAUCUGAUGCAAAGCGGAACCGUGUCGCAAUACAUUGUCAUCCCAGCA